GCGUCAGACGCGUGCGUGAUGUAUGCGGUGCGCGCGUGAGGGGGGGGGCGCGCGUGGACCGCUCGAGCUCCUCUCGCUGUUCCUGACGCGAGAAAGAGAAAGACAAAAGAGAAAAAAACGUUAGCGACUCCGUGUCGGUGGAGUUCGAGGCCCGGUCGGUUCCGUGAGGCGGGUGAGCUCGGCGCGGCAGCCGCGGAUCGGUGCAGGGGGAGCGGGGGAGCACGGGACUCGAGCUCGGGGACAUCAGACGGGCCUGUCCGACCCUCACAAGUUUCCUGUUUCAAGAGAGAGAGAGAGCAAGACACUAUCACACUGAAAGGAUCGGAUGAAACGAGCGACUGGAUGGCAUGUUACUGACUAUGGAAAACCUGAAGCUAGGACAAGCUAGGCUGAAAAACACCGUACUGUAAGGAUUGGACGAGCAAAGAAACAAAACAACAAUCCUGCUGGAGUGGAAUUAACAUGGAAAAGGAAAAAUGUUUGGAAGCAGCUGGAAAAUAUUUGUUGGCAAAGACCUUACUGAAACAAUACUUGAGAGAGUGCAGAAAAUCCCCGUUACACAGGAAAUAUGAAAAAAAAUCAUGAUCUUGAAGUAUUGAUCUUUCUCAAGCUAUUUUCAGUGUCGGUGAAUACAUGUGCCAACUGGAGUAAUAUUUUCUCUUUUUUUGUUGCAAACCAGUUGAUGAACUCGUAUAAUCCGACUGCAUGGCUGCUACCCACAACCAUUUGCACAGUUACCAAACGGCAAAGAGACUUAUCGCACUACAGUAUCGCGAUAUUGACAUUCUCGCAAUGAAACGUAACUGAGUUGUAAUUUUGGUGGAGAAUUUUUACAUUUUGUGACAAUACUAAUCUUUCAUUUAUCUGAGCUAUUUGGAUCUAGUGCCAAGCCACAGUGGCAAUCGUGACACCAUUUUUGUGAAUGAAUUGCUGCUGCUGCUGCAUUUCCCAUCUUCACAUUGUUUACCAUUUACUUUUUAACUCGAGCAGCAAAUUUAGCUCAAAUCUCAAUUUUGCUUAGCAGACAUUUGCUGGGGCAUUGCUGCUACAUAUGUAUCUUGGUUUCUUUAAAUGCAAAGUUAAUAAUAAACAUUCCAGUUUGCCAUUUGGAUCCUUAUCGUAGGAAAGGUUACAAAUAACAGAUUUUGCAAAAGUCUAAACCACAAAAAUGCAGAAUUUUCCCAAUAGUCCAGUCCCUGUUCAUCCAGGGUUUAGCCGGGGAGGAAGUGUUGUCAGUUCCCCAUAUCCGGCCCACUCUUCAGACCUUCAGGUGUCCCCCAGAACCUCCGAAGACUACGCCAUGCAGCAAGCUCAACCUAACCUGCAGAGUCACGGGCAGCUCCUGCACCUGCGGAGCCAACAGCAUCUGCUACACGCUCCUGCUGUGCACGGCUAUGGGGCCAGGAGAGCAGCUGGAGAGAUGGCGCAGGGAAACACUCACAGUGGAGGAGGUGGAGGGAACUCUUACCGUAAAGACAGUGUGGAUUAUUACUUCUCAGUGAGUGGGCGAGAAAGAAGCAGGAGAGGCGGCGCGGCGUAUGGUGCGGGAUUUAGGUACACGAACCUAGAUGGACAUGUACCUCAUCAGUACCCGCACUUGUCUGGUUCAGGGUCGUCCUCUGGAAUGAUUUCUCCCUACUCUAUGGAGUAUGGCUCCAGCAGUGGCUCUGCAGUUGGGAGUAGUAAUAGUGGCAGCGCUGGUUCGUUUUCUCCUUCCCAGCAAUACAGUAUGGCUCAUUCUACUUCAGUACAAUCAGGUGCUCAAAUGCAUCAACGCCAGCAUGGCCCGAAAUACCCCUCACAUCAAGGAUUACACCAAGGUCAGCAUCACCGGACGUACCCGCUUUCUGGAAACAGAAUGCCCCCUCAGUUCGGACACUACGCCCCAAUUAAUGCAACCUCAGACUCUACUGGAAUGUACAACUCUCCACCGCUAAGAUACGACGUGAUCAGCAACAGCAGUACGGAUGCCAAAAUGAACAACUCGCCCAGUCAGUCUAAUCCAAACACUCACACAAGUUCAUCUGCUUCAAACAGCUGUGAGAAUAUGGGACAAAGCUACUCGUCGUCUGCUCAUCCUCCAUAUUCGCCCCAAUCUCAGUCCCUUCACAAGCACGCUCCCAGUUCCCAGCGUAGCUCUCAGCACAGCACUGGAGCAGGUUAUGAAGCUUCCCUCAAAAUGCAGCACCAGGGAAACCUGCAGUCCAAACUGCCCCAUUCAUCGGUCUCCUCUAGCCCUGCUCUGCCUUCACAACCCCCUCAAGACCUCACCAAAUCUCCUAUGCAUUCCCAAAGUCAACAGGCUCACAUUCAUCAGAAUUUCAGUCCCAUAUCUAAUCCCUCCCCUGCUCCAUCUGCUGUACAGUCUCCAAGCUGCAGCUCCUCUUCGUCUCCACUAAUGGGGAGUUCAGAGGCUAAUAGUGCAGCUACGCAUAUGCAGACUCCAUCACACCCCUCUGUUUCAAACACUCGCAUCAGUCAAAGCCAUGGACGCCUUCUGCAGGCCGUACCUCAGCUGAGCCCCACUCCCAAUUCAAAUAGCAGUAUUAGUAGUUGUGGCAGCGGUGUAGGAACUAAAGUGGCUGGUUUGAACCACAGCGCAGGGAUCGGUCACGCUUCCAUGAGUCAGAACCGACUAGGACUAGGUCAUCGAGGCGGUCCAGGGGAAGAUGGCGCCCUGUAUCCUCAUGAAAAACUCUUGCAGGACCCUGGUCUAAAUAGUCUAAAUGCUCUGACCUCUCAAGUGGAAAAUCUACCUAAUACAGUGCAGCACAUGCUGCUAACAGACACUGUGCUGCCUCAGAGGAAGAGCAGAGACAAUGCACAUCACCUUCAGAUGCAGCAGGGAUCUCAGUCUUUACCGGGCAACCAAAACAAACCUGGGACUGCCAGUGCCAGUGGUCAGACCUCAGCGAAUGAAGAGAGUUCUGAGAUGCUGGAAACAAAAGGGCAUCAGCAAUUGGAAUACAAGAGAAUUAGGCAAGCAAGCGGAACAAGCAAUGAAUCUGAGCCACAGAGCUACCCAUCAUCACAGAGUCAGAUGUCAUCAGAACAGGCAUUGGAUCUCCAGGUCAACCCUAGAGGCAUUUCAACAGCUUCAAAACAGUUAUCUACUAGAGAGUCUCAAACAAAGACACCAGAAACCCUGACGCCCUCCUCCUCUUCACCACCAUCAGUUCAUCCUCCUGCAGAACACAGCCCAAAACAACAGUUACAUCCCCCUGCUCCAGCAUCUCCCGUGCCCUCAGCACAUCCGAACUGUGCAGAAAAACGAGACCCUGGAAUUAAUGAUAAGGGAAGAAUGAUCAAAAUGAUAAAAGAUGAAGAAAGCGAAGCUGAAAGUGCAGAUCCUCCCUGUGAUAGAGAAAAUUCAGAGAAUAGACUGUCGGUCUCUACCACACAGGAUGAAGCGGAGACAGAUGCACAACAUUUUGAAAAUCCAAGUAAAACUGUGAAUGUUUCAGAGCAACAUAAUGUUGGAGGUGUUGGGGUUAUUGUCUCUGCUCGUUCUGAACCGAACAAUGAAUCAAGCAAGCACACGGGAGCCAAAUCUCCACGUUAUGUUGUUUCUCAUUACCCAAACAAACACAGCAAUCCUGAGGAGCGACAUGAUGUCAAUGUCUUAAGAGAGACAAGAAAUCACAAUGGAGAAGGGGAAGUGUGCAUGGACACAUAUGUCUCACAAUAUGAUAUUUCCCCUAAACAAGAAUUUGGCCAAAACAUCCCCUCUAUUCAAUCUCACCCAGUCUCAUUUAAAUACAGUAAUCCUGAAGUACAUUUCAAUUCUACAAAGAGCAAGGGAAAGUUGGGACUAGGCAGUGCUAUGGGUGCAAAUAGAAGCCAGAAUUAUCAUCAGCUGCAGGCCAGCUAUGGGUCUAUUGCUAGAAAGGAGAUUGGUGUUUUUGCUUUGGAGGGGGGGAGAGGGAUCGUCUCAAGAAGUCAGGAUAGCAGUUCCCAGUUUCAGCAAUCGUUUCCAAGUCUUUUGCAAGAAGUCCUCCAAGGUCAUCACUUAGAUCGACGCUAUGGACGUCCUGACCAGACAGCAAGUGUUCAUCAACAACCUCAAGAUCCAUCCCAGCACCGUUAUCAAACUAGACUACCUUGCGGUAUGGUUGAAAAUUUGAGUUCACCUGCAAUGAGCUCUCAGACAAUUAUGGGUGGACUUAAUGUCCAGUUCAGUCAAAUGGCCUCUGGAAAACAACCGAAUACAAGCCAAAAUCAGGGAUCAGAUAAUGAGAUAGUUUUAGGUCCUCCUCAUCCCUCUUGGGAUUCUGAAGCACAUAAGCCCAACGUGACUCAUGGGAUCUCCUUAGAAAAAGGCAAAACCAAUCUGUCUCCAAGCCAGUCCACCCACAUGCAGCAGUCUUUAGAUCUCACAACAGGAGCCCCUCCAAAGCACAUUAAUUUGGCUGACUAUUCUUUGCAGCACAGAAAACCCUCCAGGUAUGGUCCCUCUCCUUCUGCUGUGGAACAACUGCUUUUACAGGAAGCUGAGCCACUGGCAUGUGGUCCUAUCAGUCACACUCAAUCUCAGACAUCCACGUCCUCAGGAAGGCGCUCGGUAAUCUGCGAUGUGUCUCCUUCUCGACGAACAACACCAGAAAGAGAGAGGGGACACUCUGGGGCCACUGGACCCUCAGUCAUUCAGCAGCCAUUUUCCUCUUCUGGAUCAAACGGUCAAGAAUGUUGCAAGGAAGAAAUAAAAGCAAAGAAAGCACAAAACAAGGAGGACUCGUCAAAGAUUGAAGCUGCAGGCCAGAACACAGAUGGUUACUGCAGCACGCCACACAGUAAGGAGUGUAACAAGCCCCUUCAUUCCCCUGUAGAUGUUAUUUCUGAUUUAGAAAAACCCAGCAGUGCCAAAGGCAACAAUGAAGCCACCAGCAACGUGCCAUAUAUUUCGCAAAUGUCCUCGAAUCCUUUGUCCUCACCACCAAGACACCAGUCAUUUUCACAGGUAGUUGAUCGUUUCCGAGCAUAUGGCUUCAGUGACACCAUAGAUGGACAAAAAAUGGUCUCCCAUCCUAUAACUCAUCAACCAUUCCACACCAUAUCAGCAUAUUCUAAAACCACACCCUCUACUAGCAAGUUACAAGCGUUUCCACAGAGCUUACCCCCUCAAGACAGACCCGACUGGACUCCUGACAGGCAAAGGCUAAGAGGUAUGGACAAGCACGUUCCUCAGAGACUCCCUGAACAGAAGUGUAAAUCCCAAUCCUCAAGUGCUAUUCUGCCUAGUCAGCAUCACAUAUCUCGGCAGCACUCUUAUCUCCGUUCACACUUUGACAUGAAAAUAUGGGAUGCUUAUUCUGAAAGAGAUGGUCCUGGACAACCACCGACUGCAAUGCCUCGUGAGCAUGCUAUUUCUCAAAAAGUUACAAAUGCUGGCCCUAAACUUAAAGAAGAGGACAUCUCAGAUAAGAGCGCAGAAGACACUGCCAAAUCUUUCCACUCAGUGGCUUCAGCUGGUGCUAUUAGCCCGGCUGGGCACACUGCUAAGGCUAUCCAAGGGAUUCAGCAGGGGCAGAGACUAACCAAAACUGGAGCAUCGGCUGAAACCAACCCUUUAAUCAUGAGAAGGAGAGUUCGAUCUUUUAUUUCUCCUAUUCCAGCUAAGAGGCAGCAUCAGGAUGUUCCAGGUCAGCGGCCAGGAUCAGCUUAUCACUCCCCAUUAUCUCAGUCCCACUCUGAUUCUAGACAUGCAAUCAACAAUUGUUCUAGCAGUACUGAUACUCAGCCAAAAUUGCAUUCUCCCAAGACUCCGCAUUCUAUAUCCAGUGCAAACUCACCUCCUCAGUCCAAAGCAAAGUUUCUUCCCCCAAGAAAGGGUCGGGGUCUGAAACUUGAGGCAAUCGUGCAGAAAAUUACUCCAAGUGUGAAAAAAAAUGACUUCAACAACAGUCAUGUGGAAUCUGACUUCUUGGAAGUAUCUCAUUACACCUCGGACAUGCCUGACCCUGAGGGUGGCACGUUGUUCGCUGGUGCUCCACAAGGAGAAGAGGCCUGUUUAUCUUACCUAGAUGAUUCUCAUACUUUAGAGGAUCUCAUGCCAUACAGAGCAGUUGAAGAUGCCUUCUCUUGUGAUCCCCAGUCUCUCAAACCAGGUUCAACAGCUUCUCGCAGUUGUGCCCUCAGAAGGUUGCCUAAAGAUUUUGACUUUGGAUUAGGUGCUGCUGGUUCUUCAGGGUCUUUGGUGGGUGAAAAUAAGGAUGAUUUUACUUUGUUAGGACCCCUUCCACCAGCUCCUCCACUACCUUGUCCUGUACAGGGAUCCCCUCCUCCAUCUUCAUCUGCAUUGUCUGACAUACAGCAGUUCACAAACACUUAUCAACAGCUGGAAACCCGGCGAAGCGAGCAGUCAGCUGCUAACCUGCUUAGGCAGAAACUGCAAGAGACUGGCAUGGGCUUUGAUGAUUACCCAGGUGGGGAUUACUAUGGGGCCACCACUGGCCAGAGCCCUGGGCACCACCUUCUGUCCAGAGCUUCUCAGCACCAGAUGAAUUCUCUCGGGUUGACAUGUUCUGAGUCUAAACUGUCAGAUAACAUGGUGCCCAAAGGGUAUUUCCCAUCAGGGAAGAAAAAGGGUCGCCCAGUAGGCAGUGUGAAUAAGCAGAAACGUGCCCAAGCACAAAUUCAGAAUGCAGCAACAAGCAUACCCUCCUCUCCUCUUCCCUCACCUACAGCUGUACCUCAGCCUGUCCCAGUCCCAAACACACCAGAUGAAGUGUCCCAAGAACCAACACCACCUGACCAGAUACCCUGUCCACCUUUAGUCCCUCCUGCUGAAACCCAGGUGGUGAAGGAGGAUGUAGAGUGUGAAGAGACCCAGCCAGAGUUAGAUUUGAAGCCUGCUAAACAUAAACAGAGAAAGGGGAAAGAGGGCAACGAGACUGCUGGUACAAGUGGCAAUCAGAGAAGGAGGAGAGGAAUGGCUCCCAAAGAGGAGGUUGACCUUCAAACGAGCGGUAGGGGAAGCAUGACCCUUUGUGGAAUAUUCCCAGAUACCAGAAAUAAUGUUUUCGCUCCUUACGUACAUGUGGAGAAAAAGGUUGAAGAGAUUGGGGCAGUCUGUACAAUUAUUAAUGCCGAGGAUGAAAAAUCAAAAGGUGGAGGCAAAGCUGGCCACUUAGGGGCUGAUGUCCUGUUAAAUACCCCGCUGUCAUCUCAGCUUGUGAGAAAAGAAAAGGAAAAUGAAAGAACAAAAGAAAAUUGGGUUUCAGAGCAAGUUGAUUCUGCCUUGCAAUCCGGGAAGAUACUUCCUACAUCUGGAUAUGUUCUGUCAGGGCCUGUGAUAUCAGAGACUGGACACACUGGUCGCCUCCUAUGCUGUCUUUGCCAGAAAUGGGCCAACUACAAGCAUCUCGGGGAUCUCUAUGGUCCUUUUUACCCAGCCGAAUAUGCAGCCAAGCUCCCGAAGAAUCCACCUCAAGUCCGACAAACCUUGUCCUACCAUGGGGCUGCCACCACAGUUUCCAGUAUGACAUCCAUUCCGACAGACUCGACUCCCCAGGAUACAAGUUUACAAGACUCGCAGAAUGUCAAGUCAUAUGUUGGUAGCGAUUGCACAGUCAGUCAGGCAACAAACUUAACAUCCCCAGCCACCCCCAUUGGUACUGUCUUUCCCAGCAUGGGUGAAGAAAUGGCUUUCCACACUGCUAUAACCAGCAGCUCCACAGUAAUGGUAACUGCUCACACCUGGAAUCCGGCUGCUGAACUGAGUGGGCUGGGUACAUCAAAUGUACAAGAUCUGAAUAGUGAACUCUUGCUGAAGCAGUUGCAUGUCGAGAAUUCACAACAGAGGCCCCAGCACAGAAAACUCACAUCCCAUCCACGCUUCAAAAGAAGACACAAGUCCAGUGAGGAUUUACCUCGAACUGUUCCCAUCAACAGCAAAGCCUCCCUGCCCUUCCAGCCUCCCCCACCCAGCCUGGACUCUCUGGGCCCCAUGGCCCAACUUACCCAGCUCCCACUAGUGCCUCUAGACCCAGAGGAGCUGUGGGUGCACGAGGGCUGCAUCGUGUGGACCAGUGGCGUAUACCUGGUGAACGGGAGACUGUAUGGCCUUCAGGAGGCGCUAGAUGGUGCUAGAGACACCAGCUGCUCCCAUUGUGAGAUGGUGGGCUCCACCCUGGGCUGCUACAGUAAAGGCUGCACCCUGAGGUACCACUACCUUUGUGCCAUAGAAGCAGAUUGUUCCCUAAAUGAAGACAACUUUUCUCUGAGGUGUCCAAAGCACAAGAGCAACAGAAUCGCCAAGCCUGGAGCCGUGUACCUGGAGCAGUCAGAGAGAGGAUGAACACACACCACACGAAUCGCGCACAGAUCAGACCAGAGACGGAGAUUCCUGACUGUGUGAGUUCAGCUGAAGUGGGAACGCCUUCAUGCUUCGAGAUCGGAGUUACCAUGGCUACCGACGGACACAUUUUGGAAUGUAAAGACUUUCUCUAAAGAACACUAAUAACUGAGAGUUUUUCCAUUCAUCGCCUGUUCUGUGGUGAACAACCCCUUGUGGAGAGGACAGAGCAGAAGAUGGAGAUGAAGUAACGCUUACUGCCUUUCAAAACAGAACUUCAGUUCGCAAUGUUUGACUUUUGAGUCCGCUGUUGUCAUCCUUUAUCUUUGUUAGUUCGUUGAAGCUCCGCAUUGGGAACAAGAGAACUGAAGGAGGGAAGGGGACCAUGUGGGCAGGGCAAGAGAGAGGCAGUGUAUUUACACCAGUUAUAUGUAGUAUUUUAUAUCAUAACUCAUAUUAUCAUUAUUUUAAACAUCACUAUUGUUUUAAUCAGUAUUUUAGACUGAAUGUCCGUAUCAGGAGGACCAGAAUGUCGACCUGUUAUGACAUCAUACUCGUGACAUCACGUGGAGCGGAAGUCCAGUUGCCACAGAGACAUUGUUGUCAUGGAGAUGCACAUAUAUUGCCUUCGAAGGUGUGCCUGUGUGUGUGUGUGUGUGUGUGAGAGAGUUUGCUUGUUCGUGUCUAUCUUUGCUCCUUUGAUAAGUGUUCUUAUUUUCCACCUCCAAGGGUUUUGUGCUCUAGACGAGAGAAAGGAGAAGCAAAUGGACAUUGCGUUAUUUUUCAGAGUUGGGAGAGCGUUAGGAUGAGAGGUAAAGGACUCGUGAGUUACUCGGGUCGAGACUAACAUUCCUGCAGCGUUUUGAGGGAAAGCAGUGCAGAUCUCCAUCUCCAGAACAAUCGCUGUCGUUUUUCUAAACAAGACUCCUGAAAACAAGAACGCAAAGAAAACACUCACCAUAUGAAAACAACAUGUACUAGAAAACUGUCAAUAUGCUUCUGACUCAUGAAUACAGUUAUACAACGGA